UUGCUAGGACCAACAGACUCCUCAGAGGCGAGACAAGAAGCCCCAGGCUCCAUCCGGGCACAGUUUGGCACAGACAAGACCCGCAAUGCCUGCCACGGUGCCGACUCCGUCGAAUCGGCAAAACGAGAAGCAGACUUCUUUUUCGGGAAGAAACGACGCCAGAACACGGCCAGGUUUCGUGACUCGACCCUAGGCAUCGUGAAGCCCCAUGCCGUUAUUGGAGGGCUGACAGGCCAGAUCAUGAGAGAGAUCUCUGCGGCUGGUCUGAAAAUAACGGCCGUCCAACUACACAACGUGGAGAAAGCAAACGCCCAGGAAUUCUACGAAGUCUACAAGGGAGUGGUGGCAGAGUACAAUCAGAUGGUGGACGAGCUAAGCUCAGGACCUUGCAUUGCUCUGGAGGUGAGCGGAGAAAAUUCCCACGGGGCUUUCAGAGAGCUGGUCGGGCCGAGCGAUCCUGAAAUUGCGCGGCACCUGCGUCCGCACAGCAUCCGGGCAAAGUUUGGCGAAGACAAGAUCAAAAAUGCCCUCCACUGUUCCGACUUGCCUGACGACAGCGCGCUAGAGGUUGAGUACUUUUUCAAGAUCUUAGACUCGUAA